UGUCGCGCAGUGUGGUGGUGAUGCUCGGCGCUGUCUUUCCAGAGUCCUUCUCUACGCUGCACUCAUAUACUAAUCUGUUGAAAGUCCCGUUUCUUAUGCCGUGGUUCCCUGAGAAGGUCAACCCGCAGAACGGACGAGUGGACGACUUAGCAUUCAGUCUGACGCCUGACUAUCACCGGGCUAUCAUCGACACCAUCAUACUGCUCGGUUGGAAACACGUCAUCUUCCUAUACGACUCCAAUGAUGGGCUCCUGCGUUUGGAACAAGUCUACAAACACUUGAGCCCGGGGCAGGCGAUGUUUCAAAUCACCCACACAAGGCGGGUCAGCUCUGCGCUGGACGUGAUCACCUUCCUCGUCGGUUUGGAGAACCUAAACCGCUGGACCAAUAAAUACGUGGUCCUCGACUGCGGGACCCCCCUGGCUAAAGAAGUUCUUGUGCACCAUGUGCGCAAUGUCACGCUUGGGAGGCGGAACUAUCACUAUUUGUUGUCUGGAUUGGUCAUGGAUGAUCUAAGAGACAAAAACAUCACCGAGUUUGGGGCUAUCAACGUCACAGGGUUCCAGAUUCUGGACCACUCGAGCAAGAAUGUGCAGAACUUCUUCGAGUCUUGGCCCAGAGAUUAUAUAUCGGCGCAAGGUGCUCUUAUGUACGACUUGGUGCAAGUACUUCAUCACUCAUUAAAAAAGAUGGUGGAACAAUAUCCCGAUUUUCUUCGCAACAACAAAAGUGUUUCGGCGGACACAUCGUCCGUCCAUCAUCAGGCCGGCAUCGAAUGCUACGGGGACAUCUUACUCUACCCCGCAAAGUAUGGGGAGAGGUUUGCGCAAGUCAUCAAAGGGACGGAGAUAGAAGGCAUAACUGGCUUGAUUCGCUUCAACAAGGACGGCCACAGGCAAAACUUCACGCUGCAGAUAGUCCAGAUGACAGUCUCCGGGGAUAUCGUUAAGAUUGGCACAUGGUAUGACUACAAAGACUACGUACCAUUGCUACCGAAAUCCAUCCUCAAAGACUUAGGUCAAUACUUAAGGAAUAAAACCUACGUUAUAUCUACCAUCGCUGAAUACCCAUUUGUUAUUCAAGAUACAAAACCUGACAAUCCCGAACAGCUCCCACAGUUAAGAGGUUUCUGUGUGGACCUUACUCGUCUGCUAAUGAAAAAGAUGGACGUUACUUAUACGUUAAAACUGGGCAAAGACAGGAGGUAUGGUACAGAAAAUCCCGAUUCGUCGGACGGUUGGGAUGGUCUUGUAGGUGAACUAUUGCGAAAGGAGGUCGACCUAGUUGUGGCGCCAUUAGAAAUUUUACACAAACGUCAAGAGGUCGUGGACUUCAGCAUGCCUUUUAUGACUUUCAACAAACAUAAAAAGAAACCUGAGAUAUGGUCCUACGAAUCCAUGUUCAGUUUCCUGAACCCAAUGACUCUACAAUUAUGGUUAACCAUAUUGGGAAGCUUGAUCGUGACCAGCAUAGUCUUGAGCCUUGUCUCAAGAUUAGAAUCCAAUCAAUGGUCAAAGAAGCAAGAUGGCCGCGAAGGCAAUAUGAGGAUUGCAAAUAUUGAAAACCAAAUUGCUACAAUUGAUACGCGUCCGGUAACUCGAGUGGUCCGGAUAAACUUUUCGAAUGCAGCAUGGUUCUGUAUUCAGAAGCUCUUCCAUCAAAACUCCAAUCAGUACAGUCCAAGGAGCCACGCUGUGCGAAUAGUGGUGGGUGUUUGGGUUUUCUUCGCCAUGAUUAUAACUUUGAAUUUCAUGGCGAAUAUGACUGCUUACAUGACAGUUAGUCGCAUCCGAUUACCUCUGGGACCCCAAGUUGUGGUCACCAAAUGCCCCAAGGAUAAAUACUCCAUGCCACUAAGCCAGGGAGAGGACGGCGACCAUCCAUGGCAGGGGUUCGUCCCAGGGUCCGGUGACCAGGAGGAAGAUUGCGACCUGAUGUUAUCCAACCUUACACCUGGAGACCAAAAAUAUGCCAUUGCCUUCCCGAAGAAUUCCAUCUUACGAGAUUGCAUCAAUAUGGCUCUACAAGAACUCCACAAGGCGGGAGAGAUAGAACAACUGGUUCGACAGUGGUUUAUUGACACGCAAUGCGGAUUCCCCACUACGCUGAACAACGAAGAGUUAGCUCUGAAUGAAGUAUCCGGACUAUUCAUCAUCCUUGUCACAGGACUGCUGCUCGCAUGUGUGAUUUGGUUAUUUGAAUUAGUAAUACGCAAACGGUCAAUGAAACGCAGUGAGCUAGCCAUGAUGAAUAGAUCUGAUGGAAACGAGCCCGGCGACGACCAGAGCUCCUCCCCGCGACGCCGGUCCAAGUCACAGCUGAAUACUCCGUCUGUAGACAUCGACAUGGAACAGAUAGAAUGGAGCGAAUGUUGUUCUGAGUUUACCCAACAAGAAGAACGAGAAGGGCCUGCAAGUAUCGAGGAUAUAGAACUAGGGCCAAUGUAUGACCAUUCUGAUAGAUCUGCAGAUGAAGCUGAGGACGCCAGACCAACCGUCUACCGCAGGGCACGACGCGCUGCGCCGGUCGAAUUACAUUGGCUCUAAAUGACCAUUAAUUUAACUUUCAACUCCAAUAAAACUCCCUUAGCAUAGGCGUUCGUCCAAUCAGGGCAUAUAUCACGUACAGUCUGGCAAGUUCGUUGAUGACACUCCCAUGAUAUGCGGGCGACGGGGGGAAAGACUGCGCGGGUGUGAUAUCGUGCUUGCGGGGAAGUGAGGUGCAUCAGUCGUGGGUCAUUCGGGAGUAUUAUGAACAAAAUUGCCAAGCUAUACUUAGAGUACGACUGGACGCUGCGGGCUGGUCUUACCUUAAAUUAACGUCUAUAAAUUGUGAUCACUAAAUUUGAAUAGCAUAAACGCAGUAAAUGCGGAAAAUAUUAUAUUUCAACAGCAAUACGGUAUGCUAGCGGCGUCUGGCCGUGCGUAUUCAUGAUCUACGAACGCUUACGGUAAAGUGCUACGAAACGCUAUGCUACGAAAGUUUUAACUGUAACGCUAUUUCAGGGAAUAUUACGUUACAGGAUGUUCUAUGUGUAAAGAAAAGAGAUCAUCUUAUUGUUAACAUAAGGGAUGUUAUGAAUUCAAAAUUUUGGAUUUAGAUGUGAAUACGAAUAUUAUAUCGGUUUCGGAUACGGUUACGGAUAUUAAAUUACUUCGGAUUAUCUUUUAGUUUCAGUAACCGAUGUUAGAUAGUUGAAGAAUUUGUAAGAAUAAAACACAAAAAAAAAUAUGCGUCACUUUUAUGCUAUACCACAACUAAAUUAAAAUGGGAAAUUUAAGUUUUUACAAACUUUAGUCCCGUUAGACUUUCAAAUUUAAUUUGCGUACUGUUAAAUAUUCUUGUCUAUUCAUUAAUACAUACGCAAUACAAAGGGCGAAGGUAACUUCGUUCCGACUGUCCCAUGACGCUUCUCGCCUUUUCCCCCUUUGUAUUUCUCCAUCCGAAAUCAAAUAUUUCCGAAUUGAUUUAUCUUUCCUGUAAUUUGUUAUUCGUUUUCGCGGAAAACGUUUAUUUAUUUAAGUACCAAGAGUAUGCGAUAGCCAGACAUAACUCAUUCAAUAGAGGCCGAAUGUUUGUCAGCCGAAGCUCCAAAUAAAAAAACAAAUUAUGAAGUUUGGAUUUGGCUUUGGAAGCCGGUUCCAAACCAACCCCUAACCGUCUAAGUAUACAGCGUAUUUUUAAAAGGGGACGAACGAAGGGUUGGUCUGAGGACUGCAGACAUGAUUCCUCGUGAUAUUUCGAAGAAAGUAUGAAUGAGGUGUGUCUGACCAUGGCAGGCUGUCGUUCUAUUAGAACGCCGUCAAAACCUCAUCUCUUAAUAUAAAUAGUAACUUUUAACUGUUUCGAACUGUUGAAAUAUUUUUUAUUCUAGUUUUACCGACUAACUAUUUAAGAGUAA